UCCUGAAAGAAUUUUCGUUAUUAAUAUUUUUAGGCCAAAUUAGCAUUCUUAAAUUAAAAUUUUUUAAUUUUUGAAAUUUGUCAUCAUGGUUGAAUCGAGAUCAUUUACCUUCGUAUCGCUACUGGUUGCCAUGGUGAUAAUUAGCUUCUUGUCAUCCAGUCAUGCUACUUAUUCUCGUGGCGGUCGCCGUGGAAGCGUCAGACAUUGGGGCGGAGAAAGGGGUCGGCACAGUCAUGGUAAUGGUACUAACAGUGUUUGGGAUUUUAUUCGAAAACUCCAGCAGACUUUGAAUAAUUUAGAGAAGAGACUUAACAAUGAAGAGAAGGCAGGAUGUAUGUUUGACUCGCCAAAUAUUGUCAUCUGUAAAAAUGAGGAUGAUACUGAUUGCUACGAAGGAGAAACAGAUGCAGACAAUAGUACCAGGAUCAUUGUCCCAGUUGUUUUCAACCAAACAUUUGCAAACAGCCCUGCAGUGAUGGUCAGUUUUUCUGCAAUACAAUUUGUCGAGGGUCAGACCCUAGAGUUAAACAGUUACAAUGUUACCACCACAGGCUUUGAUAUUGAGAUCACAUCCAGUGGUCCCACUCCGAGUGAACUGUUUCUCUCUUGGAUUGCCUGCAAACAGGUUUCUGGUUAAAGUUGGAUUUUUGCUUUCAUUUUUUAAAAUUGUUUGAUUUUUUGCUUUAAUUUUUUAAUGUUGAUUUUUUUUCUUUAAUUUUGUAAUGUUAUGUAAAAUCCAAAAUUAGUCACUAAAGGAAAAUAUUGAUAAUUUCAACAAGAUCAUUUUGUAAAAAAUUUAUAAAAACAUACUUUGGUGUUUUACUUUGUAUAGAAAUUUCAAAAGCUUGUCCUUGUUAGGAUAGAUAAGAAAGAACACUAAAGAAAAAUUAACUUAAUUUAUUCUUUUAACCUCGGACCUCCCCCAACACAAUUACCAUAGGAUAUGUUCAUAGAACAAAUUCCCUUUUUUAAUUAAUUUUUAUUUUGUUAGACCUACUAGCAGGCUUCUAGCAUAGAAAGCAAUGAUAAUUUUAUGUAAUUAUUUGUUUAAACAAGAUUUACAUAAUGUGCAUUAGAUGGGCCCAAGCCAAAGUAGCUGUGAUUGAUUUUUUUUUUAAUAUUUAUUAUGAAUUUUCUUUUUAUUCCCAUCGAGUUAGAAUAAAGCUUUUUUUUAAAUAGUUUUAUCAUUUAUAAUUAACCAUAAAAUAUUGCUAAAAAUGAAAAUAGAAAUAAUAUAAAAAUGUAUUGUCCAGUAUUGAAUUUUGCUAUGACUUAAAGUAAGAAAUAUCUACAGUGUCAAUGGGAUAUAUCCAGUUGAUAAAUAUAUAUAUACACAUAUAUAUAUAUAUAUAAUUAUUUAUAGUAUAUAAUUGUAUAUAUGUAUUUAACUUACUAGCUGAUCUUAUUUAGUGUACCUUACAGUAAUAUGCUGACAAUGGGUAAUUAAUUUUAAAAUAGAAUUGUAUUCUUUCACAUUUUUUACAUGACAUAUGCAAAUAUUCUUUUUUUUUUUAAUAUUAAAAGUUAACCAUUGUUUACUU